AUGGCGCCGCGCACCUGCGCCCGCCGGCACCGCACACCGUCUAUCUCUGCCCUCCUCGAGGCCCCACACAUCACAGAUACUGCGCUCGUCCCCGCCAUGAAGAGUGGAGCCAGAACCCCGCGACAGCCCCCGGUCAGAACGGACGCUGGAACCGCGACGCGCGCCGUAACCAUGGCUUCGCCGCCGCCCAUUCAGUCCAAAGACGCGAGACGAGACGGGGCUGUCCGGACCGAGCGCGAGGAUGCGCCUGAGCUUGACGUUGACAGCGCUCCACACGCGUGCCCGGGGCAGUAUCCAGCAUCCAACGCUCCCCCGGACCUCCCGCUGUGCCAAUCCGAAUCGCGGCUCGCACAUCUGGAUUCUGGACCGAUACUUGCACCGUGGAUGGAAGCACCGCGCUAUCUUGACCUUCCUCCGCAUCUCUGCGCUGCCUUCCCCGCAGACACCCUUUGUGGGCGGACCCGGUCGCCCGGCACAGGCACCGAGGACGCAGGCAGGCACUCGCGUGUCCCCGUUGGUCGGCCGGUGUGCGCCAGCGCAGGCAGAGCCGCCCGCGGCGACGAUCGUGCCGUCAUCCUCGGCUCCCGCCACGCCGAGAAGCGCACCGCCUUGCCGCCUUGCCGCCUUGCACGCGCUGGCCGCUGUCGCAUCGCCGCGCGCGCGCGGGUCUCCUCCAAACAGCGAACAAGAGACAAACCAAGAUCGGAGCAUCGUCGCACGCACGCGUGCGUCCGGGACUGUCGGAGAUGGGCAAGCUGUGUCGGCGCGUUCGCCGUGCGGGCGCGCGCGACGUCUCUCCUGGGAUGGGGAUGGGGCUCACCUGGAGGCUCGCGCGCGCAUAUGGCGCCGACAGGCGCACACCGUCGUGCCGACAUCGAUGACGCACGGCCGGCGCCAGCGUGCAACCCUUGCGCCAUCGGCGACCGGUCGCUGUCGAAACCGGGUACUGACGUGGACAGGUUAUGUAUAGAUCCGCCUGGAGGCGCGGCCGCAAGUGCAUACCGCCGUUUUGCCACUGGUCCGGGCACGGCAGGUGCAGCACGCGGCACGCGGCACGCGGCCGCACGCGCUGUUCGGAUCGAAUCGAGGGGCUGGUGCUGGACCGGUCUUUGUGAGACGACAAACACCUGCGCGCACCCAAAGACUGCGCCGGCACAGCACGCCUGUUCGCUGGGGAACGGGAUGCUCGCCGCUGGCGCGGAUGACUGUCUACGACUCUACCCGCAUGCCCCACGCGUAGGCCGCGAAGCCGCUGGGGCGUGGCUCUUGAUGCCGUGA